ACUCACUCACACCUUACUUCUCUACCAAGUCAAUCCUCUGCUCCCUCCUCUCCGUCCGUUUCAGGCUUCUAUGGAGACGAAUUCCAAUGAUUACAAGUUACGGUGCGAGCUUAUGGGCCACGAGGACGACGUUCGUGGAAUUUGCGUCUGCGGAAAUGUGGGGAUUGCCACUUCGUCGAGGGACAGAACUGUGAGGUUUUGGAAUUUGGAUGGACGCAAGUACGAACAAUCGAAAAUCUUUCUGGGGCAUACCAGUUUUGUGGGGCCUUUGGCUUGGAUUUCGCCGGAUGAGCAGUAUCCGGAGGGGAGAAUUGUGUCUGGUGGCAUGGAUACGUUCGUCAUUGUUUGGGACUUGAGAACGGGUGAGAGGGUGCAGACGCUUAAGGGCCAUCAGCAGCAAGUCACUGGCAUCGCAUUGGAUAGUGGUGACAUCGUGUCAUCCUCUGUUGACUGUACUCUAAGGCGGUGGAGAAAUGGCCAAGUGGUGGAGUUUUGGGGUGCUCAUAAUGCUGCAAUUCAAUCUGUUAUAAAGCUUCCAUCAGGCGAGCUGGUUACAGGUUCAAGUGAUGCAACUUUGAAGCUUUGGAGGGGGAAAUCAUGUUUGAAGACAUUUUCAGGACAUACAGAUACGGUCCGAAGUUUGUCAGUGAUGUCUGAUCUGGGAGUGCUCUCUGCAUCUCAUGAUGGUUCCAUUAGGUUAUGGGCACUAAGUGGUCAAACAUUGAUGGAGAUGGUUGGUCAUGCUUCCAUUGUGUAUUCAGUGGAUUCACAUGCUUCCGGACUUAUUGUUAGCGGGAGUGAAGACUGUUCAGCAAAGAUAUGGAAAGAUGGAAUUUGUGUCCAGAGCAUCGAGCAUCCAGGUUGUGUUUGGGAUGCCAAGUUUUUGGAAAAUGGAGAUAUUGUCACAGCUUGUUCAGAUGGAGUACUACGUGUGUGGACUGCAGAUCAGGAAAGAAUUGCAGAGCCCCAAGAAUUGGAGUCUUUUGCUUCCAGACUAUCUCAAUAUAAGUUGAAGAGUAAGAGGGUUGGAGGAUUGAAACUGGAAGAAUUACCAGGGAUGGAGGCUUUGCAAAUUCCAGGAACCAGCAAUGGGCAGACAAAAGUUAUCAGAGAGGGAGAUAAUGGUGUUGCUUAUUCAUGGAAUUCAAAAGAUUACAAAUGGGAUAAGAUUGGUGAAGUUGUUGAUGGACCAGAUGAUAGCCGAGGGAAACCUGUUCUUGAUGGAGCUGAGUAUGAUUUUGUAUUUGAUGUAGACAUCGGAGAUGGGGAGCCUAUUCGAAAAUUGCCUUACAAUUUAUCAGAUGAUCCAUAUACUACUGCUGAUAAUUGGCUUCUCAAAGAGAAUCUUCCUCUUGUCUAUCGGCAACAAGUGGUUGAUUUCAUACUCCAAAAUUCUGGAAAAACGAAUUUUGUUGUUGAUCCAUCAUUUCGUGAUCCUUAUACUGGCUCUAGUGCUUAUGUGCCUGGUGGACCUUCAAAUGUUUCAGAUGAAUCACAUAAACCUGUUUUCAAGCACAUCCCUAAGAAAGGAGCUCUUGUGUUUGAUGUUGCUCAGUUUGACGGGAUACUGAAAAAGAUAGUUGAGUUCAACAAUGCAUUGCUUGCUGAUUCGGAUAAAAAGAAUUAUUCUUUGCCAGAGAUUGAGGUUUCCAGACUUGGCGCUCUUGUCAAAAUAUUGAAGGAUACAUCACAUUAUCAUUCUACCAAAUUCACAGAUGCUGAUGUUGCAUUGUUAUUGAAUUUGCUUAGAACGUGGCCGUGUGAAUUAUUGUUUCCAGUUAUUGACACGCUACGGAUGACUGUUCUGCAUCCUGAUGGAGCAAUAAUGCUUUUGAAGCUUGUUGAUUCUGAUGAUAUUCUUCUGGAACUGAUUCAGAAAGUUACAACUCCACCAGCGUUUGGUGCAAAUCUUUUGACAAGCAUACGGCUCAUAGCCAAUCUAUUCAAGAAUUCAGGUUAUUAUGACUGGUUGCAGAAACGUCGUAGUGAGAUUAUUGAUGCAUACUCAAGUUGCUAUUCAGCUGCAAAUAAGGCUGUACAACUGUCUUUUUCAACAUUGAUCCUGAAUUUUGCUGUGUUAUUAAUUGAGAAAAAGGAUUUUGAUGGUCAGUGCCAAGUUCUUUCAGCUGCAAUUGAGAUUUCAGAAGAAAGUCUUGAAGCUGAUUCAAAGUUCAGGGCCUUGGUUGCCAUUGGAUCUCUGAUGAUUGAAGGUGGUGAUGAUAUGACAAGAACUGCACUAGACUUCGAUGUCAAGAGCAUUGCCCGAAAAGCAAGUGCUUCUAAAGAUGCCAAGAUAGCUGAAGUUGGAGCAGAUAUUGAACUGUUGAUAAAAGAUAGAUAGAUGACUUGGUAUCUGCUGAGACGAAACUGAGGAAGAAGAGUACCCAACUCUGGAGCUGAACUCUGGAGCUUCAAACUGAGGAAGACUGAUGGGAGUCCUUUGUCUUGUUGAGCCCCUCAUUUUAUACACCGGAAAAUGCAGAGUUUCAUAAUGCAUGUUUUCUUUGUACAAGUAAAGACAACAUUAACUUGUUGAACCCCCUGCCCUGUCACUACUAACUCUGUUUGAAGGAA